UAGCUGUGUUUCUGAUACUCAAUUUCAUACACUAUAUAUUCCUUCGAAUCCUUCAGUUUCUUUGCAACAUCUUCGUGGGACCUGUCGCCUCGAUUCAUAACUUUUCUCUCUCCCCUUUUCUAUAUAUAAGUUCACGGACAAAAGUACAAGAAAUACAUGCUCGUUGAUAAGUACUAAAUAUAGAAGCAAAUAACAGGGGACUGUUAAUGUUAAGAAUGAGUGCUGAAUCCCAAAAACCAUCAACACCGCAGCAGCCACAAAAUCCUUCAGAAUCCACCAAGAAAAUCAAAAGAAUCCGAAAUACGGUCACCGGUGGCGCCCCAAGUAACCACCCGGCGUACCGCGGCGUCCGAAUGCGCAGCUGGGGCAAAUGGGUGUCUGAAAUCCGGGAGCCCGGCAAGAAAUCCCGAAUUUGGCUUGGCACUUUCCCUACACCAGAAAUGGCAGCCCGGGCACAUGAUGUUGCAGCUUCAAGCAUCAAAGGGAACUCAGCAAUAUUAAACUUCCCUGAACUCGCCGCCGUACUGCCGCGGCCGGUAUCGCUCUGCCCACGUGACGUUCAAGAAGCCGCCGCAAAAGCAGCAGCAAUUGAAAAUUUUGACCUGUUACCACCGUCUUCUUCUUCGAAUACUUUAUCUUCACAGUCUUCUUUUUCAUCUUCUGAUCCUGGUGUUGAUUUUUCUACGAGCUCAGAGAAUUUAUCUGAGAUAAUUGAAUUGCCAAGUUUGGGAUCAUAUUUUGACUCUCUAGAACUGAAGAAUGAUGCCGUGUUUGUCGACAACUCAGUGGAUUACGGAUGGUCGGAUCUUCCUCCGCCGCCGGUUCCAUGGCAGAGCACUGGUGGCGAUGAUGGUGGCGGAAAUUUUGAAUCUCCGUUGUGGAAUUAUUAAGUGAAUCAAUGUCUGUUUUUCUAUGUGAAUUAGCGAAUUUUAGCUCUUUUUAUUUUUCAUUGAAGGGCUCUCUUCUCCGACCUUUCGUCAACUUGCUUGCUUUGUACAGUGUUCCUUUUCAAUAAAUAUAACAGUACGGUGUAAGAGUCUUAAAGUUUAUCCA